CACUGAACUCCACCAAUGACAUCACACCAGGCGUAUGGUGCAGUCUGCGCAGCCUGUCACCCUCCCUUAUCUAUUCAGUCAGGACGCCCCUUUCUACUCUUUCUCAAAGGCAUCUGGCUGGCUCAACACAGACGUUUUUGGCACCAUGCACACCAAAGAGAAAUCUGCUGCUCGUUUGAGAACGUCAAGGAGACGACCGACUGGCUGCUGAGCCGGACGCGGCACCGGCCCAAGAUCGCCGUGGUGUGUGGCUCGGGACUGGGCAUCCUGGCAGACGGCGUCACCAACAAACAGACCUUCAGUUAUGAGGACAUCCCCAACUUCCCUGUUAGCACAGUUCCCGGUCAUGAGGGGCGUCUGGUCUUUGGCUACGUGAAAGAUAAGGCCUGUGUUUUCAUGCAAGGCCGGGUUCAUCUUUACGAGGGGUACACAUUGUGUAAGGUCACGUACCCGGUGCGGAUCUUCAAGCUGAUGGGAGUGGAGACCAUUAUAGUAACAAAUGCCUCAGGAGGCCUGUGUGAGGACUACAAAGUGGGAGAUAUUAUGAUCAUUAAGGACCACAUUAACUUGCCGGGCUUUGCUGGACAGCACCCACUGUGCGGCCCCAAUGAUGAACGGUUUGGGAUCCGGUUCCCCUGCAUGUCGGACGCCUACAGUAAAGACCUGAGGAAGCUGGCCCUGUCAGUGGGCAGUGACCUGGGCUACUCCAACUUCAUCCGGGAGGGCGUCUACUGCAUGGUGAGCGGGCCCAACUUUGAGACCAUCGCAGAGGCCCGCAUGCUGCACAUCCUGGGGAGUGACUCAGUCGGCAUGAGCACGGUUCCUGAGGUGACGGUGGCCAAGCACGCCGGCCUGCGGGUCCUUGGCAUCUCGCUCAUCACCAACAAGGUGUCGCUGGACUACAGCCGUGAGGAGAAGGCCAACCACGAGGAGGUCCUGGAGACUGGGCAAAUGCGGGCCGAGAUGCUGCAGAAGCUGCUGCAGACGCUCAUCAGCCGCUACGACCAGCUCGACAGCAACCAGAUGGAGAGCCUCAACAGCCAUUAGAACAGCAGAGCAUCUCCCUCCCCAAACCCUCAGGCACCUCACUUCAGCUUUAGACCUCUGCUGCCCAUAAAAGAGUGUUGCAGAGUUCUUUUGACAAACUACGCUAUACACCAUUGAGUAAAAUGAAACUCCAACCAGCUAUGGUUGCGAGAGAUCAGCUUUUUCUUUAUGUUUGCCAACAGUACCUAUAAAGUAUAUGGUGUGUGUGUGAGUGUGUGUGUGCGUGUUUGUGUGUGUGUGUGUGUGUAUGCAGAGAGCAUGUUGAGAGGGGAUUAGGAGGAUGUGAUACAAAGUCAAAGGACCCCUGUUUUUCUUUUAACUUCCUGAUUACCAUGACCUCUCCUUGACCCAUAGAGGCGACUGCCAUCCUUUUGAAACGAAACCGCAUCUUGUCUGAAGGCUUCUUCCAUGUCCUCCCAGGAUCUUUUUAUGCUGACUGAAUGGCUAAUUAAGAGCUGUCUCAGAAGAGAAAGCUCCAUCAUUGUGCCACCGACAUCACCUUUGGCCUUCCACAGAAGCCCCCGACCAUUAAGGCAGAGCUUUGAUCAGGCUCAUAAAAGUCCACCAAAGCACCUCUGCAUGAGCUCCCAGGGUUGAGGUAUGUUCAAGGACCAAGGACUAACUUCUUCCUCCCUCUGUGAAGAUAUCUUAAAGCAAUCUGUUUGCUCCAGUUUAACAUCAUGGUGGUGGUGCUGGUGGUUGUGUGUGUGUGUGUGUCUGAGUGUGCAGGUUUUUGUGUGUGUGUAAAAGCAGCCACCCAUCUCGCCAUCAACCCACACACCUGCACCUGUAUUCUGCCACCCCAUCAAUCACCUGCCACCGGCUGCCUGCUGAUUAGACCUUCCUCUGACUAGACUGGACAGUGGACACACACAGACACACAUGCAUACACACUCAGGCAAAGGUAGAGCUUUCCCCGCAAAUGUAUUUGAAACAUAUUUAGCGACCCAUGUUUAUUUCCUGAAGGGACAAAAAAGAGGAAAAAAACAUGCAUUAAGGGCAUGAAUGGUGCUCAUUCUAUAGAAGGAAAACCUUGACCUCAGGAGGUACAGUAUAUUUCUGACCUGAUUAAAGAUAUUACAAGCUAUUUCCUUAAAAUGUGUAUUGUCAGGACACCACCACUCUUUAAUAAGAGAAUAGAGUGGUUGUGAACUUACAUAGCAGAGAUAUCAACAUACACAACCCUUCAGCGAGGGAACGGCCAUCCACUUUCCCAACACACAUACCAAGGAGGGAGUGAAACUCGCAAUUCAGUCAAGAUCUGCGUAGUGGCAUCAGUGAGCAUUGUAAUGACAUGAUUACCUAAUUAGUGGCUAAUUGAGUCCUGAUUGUGGGUGAUGAUUAGACAGUGUGUGGAGUGUCCUUAUAGAAUACAAUGUCAUGUGAACCUCAUCGGUUUCCCUAAAGACAUGGAAGAAGAAAUGGGGGCUGCUAUUUUACAAGGGCAUAUCAUUCCUGCAUCUUCACUUUAUUUCUGGGAUACAGCAGGUGCAGGUGUGCAGAUCAUUUUAAUCUCCUGAUCUCACUGUAGAUAAUCAGAAAACAUGACUUCAAGUAGUGAUGAACUAGUGGUAUGUAAACAUGAUGGAAGGCACAUGGGAAUACGUCAAUCAAAACACACCAGGAAACAAAAAUGAUUCACGUUCUUCUGGUUUGGAACUUUCUCUGAAAUGUGACUACGGCAAAGCACUUUGCUAUGAAUUUGAUUGAUUACUUUCUAAUUGUAUUCAUUCAUGGUUAUCCAAGCAUUACACGUCUCUCUGUAUCUCCAGACAUUUAUUUCCCAGUGCAUUCUCAACACAUUCAAACAGCAUUGGAACACAGUGUGAUAAGUCAAUCACAAUUGAUCAAAAUCAUUUUAUGGUUGGUAAACAGCUUUUCAUUGUUGAUAUUGUUCUUCAGUUAAUUAAAGCAAGUUGACAAUAA